GUUAGGUUUAAACGCACUGGACAUGCCGAUUAUAAAAUCAAUUUAACAAGAAUUAUAUAUAUUUAAAUAUUUUGUAAAAAAAAAAAAGAAGCAUUAACUACAUUUUUCAGAGAGAAUGUUUAUAAUAUUAAAUUUUAUUAUCUCCAUUGGUCACACGUAUUUCGAAAUGGUUCAGAGCAAAGCUAAAAUUGUAACGAAGUGGGGAAUAAAAUGAGAAGUAAUAUCACUUCCUGUACAUGUUAAAGUAGACGUUAUUCGUCUGCACUAAGUCUGCAAUCCGCAUUAGUCUGUUCGGGAUUGUCGAGUUGGUGGGUGUGUGCGUUCCAUUCAUAUAAGAUAUCUUAGAGAAAUUUAAAUCAAGUUUUCCAAAUCAGCCAUGGGUGGCUUUGCGUGGGUUACGUUAGCCACAAAUGAUUCGUAUUCAUUGGGAGCAUUGGUCUUGGCUCAUUCUUUAAAACGAGCUGGCACACAACAUGAUCUUGUUGCACUGAUAACGCCGGGUGUAACAAAUGUAAUGAGAGAAAAAUUAGCAGCAGUAUUUUCAUUAGUCCAGGAAGUUAAUAUUCUUGAUUCGAAAGAUGAAUCGAAUCUUCGACUUUUAGCCAGGCCAGAAUUGGGUAUCACCUUCACUAAAUUGCAUUGUUGGAGGCUGACACAAUAUGAAAAAUGUGUAUUCGUCGAUGCUGAUGCUCUCGUAAUUAGAAAUUGUGACGAAUUAUUUGAUCGGGAAGAAUUGUCAGCGGCUCCGGAUGUUGGAUGGCCAGAUUGCUUUAAUUCUGGUGUAUUUGUAUUUAAACCUUCUCAACAAACUUAUGAUUCUUUGAUUGCUUUUGCGACAGCGCAAGGAUCCUUUGAUGGAGGCGAUCAGGGUCUUUUGAAUAUGUUUUUUAGUGAUUGGUCACAAAAAGAUAUAUCCAAACAUCUUCCCUUUAUUUACAACAUGUGUUCCAGUGCUACGUACUCCUAUCUUCCUGCUUUCAAACAAUUUGGAAAUGAGGUCAGGAUUAUUCACUUUAUUGGUUCUACAAAACCAUGGCUACAGUACUUCGAUACUCUCACUGGAAUUGUACAACCGCCAUUGGAUUCAAAUCAUAUUCAGCCACUUUUACAGAUUUGGUGGAACAUCUUCUGUGAUAAUGUGCAUCCUCAACUUAAUCCUGAUAUGGCCACCAGCACUUUGGCUUCAUCCUGGCACAAUGUUCCCUCUUAUUCUCCAAUCUCCACACAAAAUCGUAUUACAUUCCAAAAUUUGACAAAUGAGACGGUUAAUGAUUUAAAUUUCAACAAGCCUGAUUUUUCUGACUUUAAAGAUCCCUGGGACAAUUAUCUACCUCAUUUAGAUCCAUUUUUACAAAUUCCUCAGCAAGUGACACAAGAAAUUUCAAAAGACUCGGGACAAUUAUUGCAAAGGCCGGAUAAUGUUAAUAAAAUAGAUAAUCGUAUUUUUAAUGAACAUAUAGAAAAUAAUCAAGAAGAAUACAACAGGUCGCAAGAAAUUUGUCAAGGGAAUAAUUAUCAAGAGAAUUAUCAACACAAUAAUUAUCAAGAGAAUAAUUAUAAACAGAAUAAUUGUCAAGAUAAUUAUUACCAACAAAAUAAUUAUCAAGAUAAUAAUUAUCAGCAGAAUAAUUAUCAAGAGAGUAGUUGUCAAUCUACAACAAAUUAUUAUCAUUCUAGUCAUGAACAAUCAUCAUCAUCAGAGGAAUAUCAUUCUAGCCAAAAAUUAUCAUCACAUCUAGAAGAAUUGUGUUGGCAACAUCAAGAAGUUCAAACACAUCAAGAAAACAAAAUUUCUAGUGAAUUUCAUAAUCAUCAUCAUAAUCAUCAUCAAUUUCAAGAACAGCGGCAAUCGUGUAAUGACGAGAGUUUUAUCGAAUCUCAAAAAAAUAUGUCUAGAGAAAUUUUCGAAACCGGUGAAAAAUUAGCUUUAAAAGACAAUUUAAAAAUUGACGAACAGACUGACAAUCACACAAUAUCCUCUCAUCCUCUUAAUAUCCGAGUAAUUCCUAAAAAAGUAGCAUCACAAUCUGAACUGUGCAAAAUAGAAGAACACUUAGAGAGUAAAGAUACUGGAUUAGCUGGGGCAUUGGCGCAAUUAACAUUAGGUGAAGCAAGAAGUAAUGAACAAGUUGCAUUCGAGGAGCAUAUGAGAAAACAGAGUUGGGAACAAGGACAAAUCGAUUAUUUGGGUCGUGAUAGUUUUGAUAAUAUUUGGAAGAAAAUUUCCGAGACACUAGCUUCACAUCCAGAACGUGAAAUAUCUCCUCCAUUGGAUCAACUAGAAAUGAAAAAGGAUAUUGCCGAAUCUCCUGUCAUUGUUAAAUCUGAAGAAGAAGAAGAAGAAGAAGUAGAAAAACCUGCAACAAAUGAAACUACAGACCAGAAAGAGCCUUCUGCCAUAUCCGCACCGAUUACCACAGAUAUUCAAGGAUCAGUUACAGUUGUUGUUUCGCAAAUAAUUGAAGAACCUGUCGCCGAGAAGGAAAAGGAUUCUGGAUCAACAAUUUUGGAACAAGUUCAACAAAUUCCAAUUUCUCAAGAUAUUCCCGUUUCUGAAGCAAUUUCAGUGGCCGAAUCUGUUUCACAAAGUUCAAGUCUUCCUACGGCAAUUCCAGUGGUUCCACUUUUGGAGACUUCGAUUAUUCCAUCGGAAGUUCCGGAAUCAGUUGUGAUUUCUGAACAACAACUUGGAGAAUUUGCUAUUCCUCAGGAAACAAUUUCGAAGGAACCUGUUGUUUGCCAAAUUCCCAAUCUUCAACCAAUACUACCUCCAGAAACGUCCACCUUACAAGAGAGUCAAAUUCAAGAAACUUCCGUUCAAGAAAAACCGGUUCCAAUACAAGUAGCGGAAUCAGUUUUACAAGCCGAGCCAAAAGAAUCCGUUUCUCAAGUUACUUCACCAGUGGGUGAGGAAGCAAUUUCCUCGAUUGUCUCCGUCGUUCAAGAAUCUGCUCUAGCCAUUUCGGAAGCUUUAAUUAGUCCCCCAACUUCGGAUGUUGCUCCAAAACUUGAAAAUGGUUGUGCAGAUCAUUCAACUGAAAUUUUAACUCCCCAAAUUCCUGCUGCGAUUGUUCCACCAGAACCUUUAAUCACUCAAGCCGAGGUGCCAAUUCAACAUGAAAUCAAAGAAGCAGAUGUCAAAAAAGAAGAAGAAGUAGUUGUGUCGCAACCAAAAGAAGCGACAGAGACGAAGGAAAAAUCAGAAUCAAAAUCGGUAACACAACAAGAAGAGAAAAAAGAAACCGAACCCUCGGAAGCAAAGGAAUCACAAGAAGUUGUAAAACCCAAAGAAACAAAACUUGAACGUCGAAAAUCAAGUUCCAUGGAGAAACCUCUAUUACCAUCAUGUGAGCCAAAAUUGACGGUACAAAUUCCUCAGAGCAAGCCAAGUGAAAUUUCAGGUCUUGUUCAAAAACCACGUGAAGAGAGAAAAAAAUCAUUAUCCUCAUCAAGUUCCACGGAAAAAUCCAGUGAAACUGAAACACAACAAGAACGUCGUCCAAUGAGAUCAAAAGAGAUGAAAGUUCCUCCCACACCAACAGUCACUGAAGCAACACCACCCACAAGUCCACCAAUAAAUCCCGAACUCGUCGAGGGUGGAACAAAAGUAACAACAAAAAAAGUUGUCAAAAAAAUUGUCAAAAAACAAUCCACAGAAGAAUCUGAAGACGCUGCCGAGGGUUCAGAAUCAUCGACCGGCAAAAAAGUGACAAAAAAAGUUGUUAAGAAAGUAGUGAAAAAGAAAGAAUCCUCAGAAGGUGGUGAAGGUUCAACAGAAAAGGGGAAAAAAAUUGUGAAAAAAGGAACACAACUUGAGACUGAUAAAUCUGUACCAGAAACACCUCCUCCGGCUAGUUCCGAAGCUCCUGUACCACCAAAGAGAAAAGUAAAAUCAAGUACAACGACAACAACAAAAGGAACAACGAGUAAAAAAUCUGACACGGAACUGUGAUAAUCGAGAAAACAAAAUAUAUUAAUACUUUGACAAUAAUACAAAUUAACAGCACAUUAAUUAAAAAAAAAAAAAAAAAAAAGAAAGAUGUCUAGAAAAAGCAUUGUGUGUGAAAAUUGAAGGAUAUGAACUAGUUGGAUAGAUUUUUUUUAUAAUUUAAUUAAUAAUGCACCUUAUCGUUCAAUAUUUGACACAAUGCUGUGAUUUUUUAGAACAGUCCAAGAGUCAUAAACGUAUCAUUUAAUUAUUAUUUAUAAAAAAAAAUCAUACCAUGUGUUUUUUUCUAUUGCAUAUUAUUUGUACUGAUCAUAGUUUAGUAUUUGCUUCUUUUGUUUUUUAUAAUAUGAAUUUUAAUAUAUAUAUAUUAAUUCUUUGAA